AUGCUGAUCGAAGACAAUUCCUGGAACGAUUUGGAACUUCUUUGGGCCCGCAUUGAUCUCGGUGACCGGAAACUGUACUUAUGCGUAGUGUACGUGCCUCCUGAUCGCUCUAGUGAUCUGGCUGUAGCUGAGUCUUUCUCGCGCUGCCUCUACAAAGUUAGCUCAAUCUGCUCUCCCGUAGAUGAUAUUCUUGUUAUCGGUGAUUUCAACAUGCCUGGCUUGAAAUGGUGCCCAUCCCACGGUGCCUUUUUGUUCCCAGAUCCUAUGCGCUCCUAUUUCUCGGCUCCUUCCAACAUCUUCCUGGACUCUUUGAGCACCGCGGCUCUUCGCCAGAUCAACAGCUUCGAAAACGAAAACGGCCGUAUGCUAGACCUCUGCUUCAUUAACGAAGGCUCCAGGAAUCCGACAAUUGAUUUAGCUCCCGCUCCUCUCGUCAAAGUUGUUUCUCAUCAUCCAGCUUUAGUGGUCUCACUCGAUGUCACUAACAUUAACGCCCCCUUAGAGGAAACUGCUUCCUUCUACCAGGACUUUAAAAACGCCGAUUACGAAGCUAUCUCUCGCGUCUUAGGUUCCAUCGAAUGGGAGAACGAGCUCGAUCUCUCUAACCCCAAUGCUGCCGCUGCGACUUUCUCAAACAUAUUAAACUACAUAAUCGAUCGUCAUGUUCCGAAACGCAGCUUACCUUCCAACCCUCGAGCUCCCUGGGUCACUAACCAGCUGCGACAAUUGAAGACGGCUAAAAACCGUGCUCUCCGAUACUACAGCAAGCACAAGUCCCUCUGCACAAAAGAAGAUUACCGCAAACUAAACACAGCGUUCAAAAGAAGCAGCAGGCGUUGCUACCAGAACUAUCUUCACCGGCUACAACGCAAUUUUAAAACCAAUCCGAAAUCUUUCUGGAAGUACGUCAAAAAUCAGCGGAGAGAAUCUGGACUUCCGUCUCAAAUGUUCUUGAACGGCAACUCAGCUAACACGGAUCCUGAAAUAUGUAAUCUUUUCGCUGAAAAGUUUUCAAGCGUUUUCACAACGGGGUCCAUUUCCUCAGAGCAACUGGAUAUGGCUGUAAGAAAUAUUUCACCUCUAGAUUCUUCCUUGAACGGUAUCACAUUCGAUGACGCAGCCAUUUUGAAGGCGACAGCUAAGCUUAAAAAUUCAUCUUCUACGGGUCCGGACGGGAUACCAGCCAUCUUCUUGAAACGUUUCAUGCCACACCUACUGACUCCCAUUAGGAACAUUUUUCGAGCUUCGCUGGACUUCGCAAUCUUUCCCUCGCUUUGGAAAGAAGCUUACAUGUUCCCUGUUCACAUAAAAGGAGAUAAGAAAGAUAUAAAUAACUACCGCGGAAUUUCAGCUCUCUGUUCGAUAGCAAAAUUGGUUGUUCUGGAUCCAAUUUUUUCGUCCACGAAGCAAUACUUCUCCAACGAUCAACACGGAUUUUUGCCAAAACGAUCCACGACUACAAAUUUGCUGACUUUCACAUCGUUCGUGCAAGAUAACUUUGCCAAGAAGUCUCAAACUGACGCCAUCUAUACUGAUUUGUCUGCUGCCUUCGAUAAACUCUAUGUUCCAAUCCGGCUGAACAACUACGGAGCCAACAGCGCUCUUAUAGGAAUUUUUAGAACUUUCAACCGCUUCGCCGAGUACUUCGAUUUCGACGUUUCAAGAGCCACGUUCCGAAGUAAAAUUUUAAUGGUAUCGAGGACUGUGUAG